GAGAUUGACGAAGAGUUCUUGUUCUGUAUCUCAGUUUUUCUCUUUAUACUCAAAUUAAAUAGUGGAAAAAAUAAUCGGAAAAAUCACCUCAUACGCAAUGGAGUGUAUUUGGACAUUAAGUGGAUAAAUACAUGCUCUGGACGUUUUUCGAUGAAGAAGUACUAGGGUGUUUGUAAAUAUUUAUUUAAAUAAUUUGUGUGAGGAGAGCAGGGUUGGCUGCUGCUCAAGUGAGUAAAAGAGGAGGCUGCCACCCCCUCAACGCAAAAUUGGAUGGUGUUAAAAACUGAGGACUGUGUGAAGGCUGAGAGCUGUCCAGGACUGACUUUCCGACCGAAGGGAUCAAUGAUGGAAUUACAGACCCUCCAAGAGGCCCUGAAAGUGGAAAUACAGGUUCAUCAGAAACUAGUGGCCCAGAUGAAGCAGGACCCACAGAAUGCUGAUUUGAAGAAGCAGCUCCACGAACUUCAAGCCAAGAUCACAGCAUUGAGUGAGAAACAGAAGAAAGUGGUCGAGCGGUUGAGGAAAGAGCUGCUGGUGAAACAGGAUCACCCUGAGCUCCAGGCCCACCUGCAGCCCCAGCACCCGCUGCAACCAGACGGGAAAGCCUCCGCCCUGCCCACCCUCCACAGCCCACCCUCCCUGCCGUCGCCAGACAGCCUGAGCACGCCACAGAACAUGAUGACGAUCGCCCCGGUUGUCGCCACAAAGUCUCUACCUCUGGUGCUGAAAGCCGCCGCCACCGCUUCCACGCCCGCCACCACUGUUACGCCGCGAGCCUCCGUCGCCAAGGUCAACGCCAUGAGCAACACGUCCAAGCCCGGCGUGGGACACCCCGAAACACUGACCACACCCAUCAACCUUCAGACAUCCAGCAUGUUGACCAAUCAGGGAAUGGAGGCCGUUCGCAUUGUCUCCAAGAACACUAUAGUUGUGCAGGCCACUGCCCAGCCAAUCAAAGUUCCUCAGUUUGUCCCUCCUCCUAGACUGACGCCUCGACCUACCUUUCCACCACAGGUUCGUCCACAUGGAUCGUGCCCUUCCCCCUGCCUCCCGCCCCCACAGCGUCUCUCCAGUAUUCCUAACAGGGUCCGAUCCAAACCCGCCACUGUUACACCGACGGUGCCCAUCGCCCCAGCGCCCCCUCCUCCCAUGCUGGCCGCCCCCCAGCUACUCCAGCGGCCAGUCAUGUUGACCACCAAACUAACCUCCACGUCUCUAGCAACCACCGGGCCCAUCCACCAGGUACGCAUCGUCAACGGCCAGCCCUGCGCGAGCCUAACCAAGACCCUGCCUUCUGGCCAGCUGACUGGCAUCGUCAUCACCUCGCCAGCCACCAUUACGACCACCACCCCCCUGGCGCCCCACCAGACCCUCCAGAUCAGCAGCUUGAACACGGACACCAAGACUAUUAAAGCUCAGGUUGUGACAGAGCCAGUUGCAGAGCCAAAGACUUUGGCUGGUGCGCCCUCCUCCCCUGCCGGCAUUGCUAGAGGCACCCCACCACCCCUGCCCAGGACGCAGAGGGAGGACAAUCCCAAGAAACUUGCCUUCAUGGUUUCCUUGGGACUGGUGACAUAUGACCGUUUAGAAGAGAUCCAGAGUCGACGGCAGGAGCGUAAGCGGAGAACGACAGCGAACCCUGUGUACAGCAGUGCGGUGUUCGAGCCCGAGCGUAAGAAGACCACCGUGACAUACCUGAACACCCCCCCACACCAAGGCACUCGGAAGAGAGGUCGCCCACCCAAAUACAGCAGUGUUCCCGAGCUGGGUCCUCCCAACCCAACAUCCCCCACCAGCGGUCAUUCCGCCUCCCCGGCCCACCGCCGGCCAGAGAGGGGGGGCUCUCACUUCCCCGUCCACCCCCACACCCUCCCUCUGCCUAGCCCCAGCUCCGGGGAUGGAGACAUCCACGAGGACUUCUGCACUGUGUGCAGGCGCAGUGGUCAGUUGCUCAUGUGCGACACAUGCGCACGCGUCUACCACCUGGACUGCCUGGCUCCGCCCCUGAAAACCAUUCCCAGGGGCAUGUGGAUCUGUCCCCAGUGUCAUGACCAGAUUUUGAUGAAAGACGAGGCCAUCCCAUGGCCUGGAACCCUCGCCAUUGUUCAUUCUUACAUUGCAUACAAAGCAGCUAAAGAGGAGGAGAAACAGAAGCUGGUGAAGUGGAGCUCAGAGCUGAAGCAGGAUCGAGAGCAGCUUGAACACAGGGUCAAACAGCUAAGCCACUCCAUAACGAAAUGCAUGGAGAAUAAGAACACCAUCCUGACCCGUCAAAGAGACAUGCGCACCUCACUGGAAAAGGUCAAAGGUCUGGUACGUCUCAUUCAGGGCAUCAACUUCUGCCCGUCCCCCGAGGCACUGUCGCCGCAGCCAGCGAACAAGACCGGUCUAACCAACGGAGGGACCGACUGUACCAGUGCCGACCGCACGGACACCACCGACGAUGGCGGCGAAAACCCGAACAACAGCGAGGAUGAUGGAGCCGGGGAUGAAGAGAAGGGGGAGGAAGUUGAGCUCAACAUCCACAGCAGCGGCCUCCUGAAAACAUCCGAGCUUACCCAGACUCUGGCCCCCGUGGAGGUAGGCGACGGGACCAAAUAACAGCCGUCCCCCAGAAAUGGAGAGAGGGAAGGAGAAAGGGAGGGGAAAUACCCUGUUACCGUUGCCCAAAGUUGCCAAUCGAUUUACACACACCAACAUCUAUAUCUAUUUUUUUUUGGUUGUUGUUAUUGUAGUUGUGUUUUAUGGAUGGUCCAGAGAGGACCUACUGUAUGUCCUCAGCAAGGCGGAAGAACCAGAAAGGACAGGGGCGGGGUACCAGUGUUGUGCCAGUUGAGUCCAAGAUUAAAUGAAGUUUGACAAUACUGACGCUCUUACUAAUAAUAGCGAUAAUGUUAACAGUAAUAAACCCCAGACCAAUGUGUGCCUGCAACAGUCGCCAUAGCGCCUCCUUGUGGGGAUGGUUUCUUAGUGUGCAGCUUAAAAGGGGAGAUGGAUCUGAGACAUCCAAAGACAAGAACUGCCCACUCGCCCUGAAGAUCCACCGCCAACACCACACCAGGAACAUUUGGGUCAGCCGAAACACCAUCGCACCCGUUUGGAAUUGAAAUCCUCUGCCAAGGGACUUGGUUUUGUUUGCUGCAGUAUUUGCUAACAGUGAGAAAAUCACUGAUUUUGCCUGAGGGAUAUGAUUGGUCCCAAAUCACAGUUUUUGUCUUACAGUUCCAACCCACCUACAAUGCUCUCCCUGCCUGCUCCAUUUAAACCACCAAAAACAUCUGUUGUUACAAAACUCGCAGGACAGAUUAUGUGACGGCAGAUGCAGCAGUUUAGCUGUUUCUGCUGUCACACAGUUACAGAUAGACAGCGGUGGGAGGACCUGGGCAUUCUGCUGUAGCUGGAGCUCAGUGGACUCCAGCUGCAUUCCCAUGAACUGCUUGCAUCGUCGACAAUGGAUAUGUUUCUCUUUUUCCACAUAACCUUAUCAUGUUGCAUUGUCCAUUGUUGCUGAACCUAGCAUUCCUUUUUCCUCUGGUUAAAAUAUGAUUGACCAUUUUCUGGAUUGAUCCAUUUCGACAUAUAGGAAUGAAGCUGCUUCAUCCAGAUUCUAUUUGUUUGACAAGAGUCCAUGUGAAUGCUGCUCUAGGCAUGCAUGGAGUCUUAGCAACUAUCCAUUCAGAUGUUGUCUUGAGAGAUAUUUUUUUGUCACAUUCCUAGGAUAUGUUGCCAAAGGAAACAAACAACGUAUUCUGGGGGAAUCACAUUUAUAUUCAGGUCUUCCUAGUUUUCAACAUCGAGAUACAGUAUGCUACUUCAAAAGUGCUUUUCUGUUUCGUAUUACUUUGGUUUCUAAUAAAAUAUAUUAGAACUGGAAACUAUUAUGUAAAUAGCUUUCUUUUUUGAGGAGAUGUUUCUUGCAAUUUAAUUAUCAUUCAAUAUGUUGAAUUCAUAACUGCCAAAUGCUAUUGUUUCCAAAUAAAGCAGGGAAACUGUCUUAGUUUCUUAUAUCAUGUCUUUUAAGGUUUCAAUUAGGAUUCCCCUUAGAAAGCACACAUUUUGCAUGGCCUUUACACAAACAGAAGGUCUGUGGCACUGAAGUACAUUAUCAGGUUGAUUACAGUAGAACAGCGUGUGAGAAACAUCUAGAGAAGGUAGGAGGUUAUAGGGGACUCGUUGCAACAGGCCUACUCCGCAAAGAGCGUAUAGAGAAUAAAUACAUUCACAGAAUGGGAUCCAUAUAUGUGCAAAAACGUCUGGAUAUUCAGUCGGGGUUAUUAUUUUCUAUUGAUUAGACUGGUCUGUAAACAAUCCACUUUGCAAAUGUUGACUGUCAGGAACCCCAUAUAUUAAAAGCACAAGAUUAUGGCGACAUGAAAAAACAUGGCACAGAACCACAUCCCCUUAUAUUGCCCUAAACAUGUUUAAAAGAACAUUUGUAACGUUUCAAUUUACACCCUAACACAAUAACAAUUCACUUUUCAACGUAUACCUUGUUUAUCUUUUUGUGGGUUUAGCUUUUGUUUAUAACUUUUGUUUAUUCACAUGAUUAAGUCUUAAGAGCUGCAAUGAAAUGUGCAUAUAUUAAUUGUAAAACAUGGAAGUAAUGAACACUGAAGGAAAAUUAAGGAAUGGAAAGGUUCAAUUAAGGUAUAAUUAAAACAGUACACACAAUGAUAUUACAGUUCCUACGCGCUUGGAAUAAACCAUUGGUUAAGGGUUCCUCUGGGGUACUUUUUUCUAGAGAGUUCCAAGGCUUUUACAAGACCUUAUAUAUCUCUUCUCUGAUAUGACCUGCACACAACCAUGCCAACGUUUAAGGCUGGAAUUCAUUCAAACCCGCUUUAGCAAUGUUUACAUGCUGUCUUUAUGGACAAUAUUCAGCAUUUGCGCACAAAAUAAAAAUUACACCAAUUAGGCGUGUCCACCUGCUAGUAGUUGUAGUUUCUUCCCCUCAGUAGCCAAGACCAGUUUGUGAGUUCAUUUGACAACUGGAUAAAGAGCUACUAGAGCCUAAAUACUGCAGUGCGGGUUUGAUUUGAAUUGAGUCGUAUGUAUGAGAAUCAUAUUAACAAUGCAAUUAACUAGAAAGCACAAGAGCUGAUGCAAAGGGGUUUUAAUGUAUAGCCAGAUCAAGUUUGAAAGCAUUAGUUGAAGAAUAGGUGAAAGCCCAGUGUCUUGAGUUGAGGCCACUCCUUUUGGCCUGCCCUACUUGUCAUUGUAUAGAAAUGCCUUAAGGAAUGCUUGCUCUUCAUGAACAAACUGUGUCUGUACCGUUAGUCCUGUUGGUCUAUGUGAAUUAUGGAAAUGUUGUCUGUUUGUGAUGUACUUAUUCAGGAAAAUGUCAUUUUCUUUGCACAGAAAUGAAAUGAUUGGCUAACAUUUGAAGUUAGGGGUCAGUUGAGUCAUUGUGUGAGAGAGUUAAGAUUAGUUUUGACUUGCCAGUGUUUGAAAAUUAGGGAUUGUGAUUUGGCCUACUGUUUUUCAUCCACAAAUACAAGCGAUUUGCAGAUAUUAUAACACACCAUUGAUUUGAACACCUCAACAGCAUUAAAUCCAUUGACUGUGCAUUUGCCAUUUCCACAAGGAAAAAUGAUAAUGCUGAUUAUAAAAGAGACAGCAGUGAUAGCACAUACAUAAAUGUGUGCAUAGUAUGAUUGACUACAUUAUAAAAGAUUCUCAAUCUUAAAAAUUUGCACAAAUUUUUCCAGAAUACUGUCAAAAACAACUUGACAUUACCCUUCACCUGUCUCCAUAGUUACGCAAUAAGGCACGAGGGCAUGUGGUACUGCAUAUGGCCAAUAUACCACGGCUAAGGCCUGUCCUUAUGUACAAUGCAAUGUAGAAUGCCAUGAUAUAUUGGCAAUAUACUAGAAACCCUCAAGGUGCCUUUUUGCUAUUAGAAACAUGUUACCAACACAAUUAGAAGAGUAAACAUUUUUGCUUUUCAUACCCGUUUAUUGGACAUUUCUUCUUCUUUUUUUAGAAGCUUAGAAAGUGUGGUCCACUGUGCCUAAAUAAUAUCAUCAAAAUAAUAAGGUUUUCCUAUCUCACUUCCUGACCAUGCUCAAGCAUUCUGAUCCAAAACUACAGAUAUCAAAACAUUUUGACCAACCUAUGCCUACAUAAUGCAAAUAGCUUGUAUGGAACUAAUUAAACAUACAUAAACGAUUCCUACUUUUCAGAUAUCUAACAAUGAAUUUAGCCUUUCAAACUUUGGUAACACUUUACUUAAAGGGGCCUUUCAUUAAAAAAAUUUAGUAGGUAACAGAUUUUUGUUCAUGAAUGGGUAAUCUUUUGUGGACCACAAUAGAGCAUCUGAUCAAAUGUCUCUACAUUGUAGCUUUGGUUUACCCAAUAUUAAUCAAUUACUUAAGGUAAAACUUCCUAAACCAGCGAAAAGGGGUAUAGGCUACCUUAAUAUAAAGCGUUACCGUAGCAUAUUGAAAAACACACCUGUGCCAUUAAAUGUUUAAUGUACUGUAGUACCUUAAUGAAUCGUGUAGGAAUUCAAAUAUCUUAAUUAGUGAAAUUUAUUGCAUCAUAACAUUGAAGGCAAAAUUGGCCACCUCAAGUAUUGUGUAGUGCUUUGUGCUGUGAAAGAAAGUAACUGUCAUGUCGUGGGGGAAAAUGGGAACAACCUUAAUACCCAAAGAUUGAUUUUAAAGCCUUUUUUUUAUUUCCAUUGAUGAUGUACACCAGCUAAAUCUUAUUCACAAUGACAACAUCCAAUUAAGAAACCCAUCGUGACUAGAUUUAUCCAUACCAGGUCAUUACAUUACUCUCUGCAUAUCUUAAUUAGUUCUCAAAACAGUUCCUAUGCUAUAUCAUGUCACAGCUGUGGCCUUCGAGUACUUUAGUUACAUUUCAUUGCCAUCAAUACGGAGACCUAUAUUGUAUUUCCCGCAUUUACUGCAUACACUCAUUUCAUUUCCUUAGAAGUAUUUUUGUCGACAUAUAGUAUUUUUCCUCUUUGUUACGAUGCAUUGUAGCAAGUCAAUGGUACUGAUGUGCCGAAUAUAGAGUAAAUGGUUUAUUACACAAUCUGCAUACUCCCUUGUAAGAUUUGUCAGUUGUAUUUUUUCACAAUAAUUUUUAAAAGGAGUAUUUGUUUAUUUUUUACUAUGGUUUUGUUACAAUCCUUUUUUGUUGCCUGUAAUCCACCGCUUUCUCUCUUUCCUGUAAUUGAGUUAUUUUAUGUAGCUAUUUGUACACCGUGUUUGGACAAUUCCAUUGCAGUGUCAGAGGAAGUCAGGAUUUUUGAAGCAUUCGAUCAAUUUGUAUUUAUUUAUUUUCCAAUCCAAUUUUUAAAUAAAAUUACAGUUGAG